AAAACAAAAUUAACAAAAUAUUCAAACAAAACAAAUAAUCUUUAUACUUAUUUAACUUUAACCUUGAAUAUAACUAUUUAUUAAUAAAUGCAAUACGCCACCAACUGCUAAUACUUAUUUGCCAACUGUGCAGUCAACAACGACUCCACUGAAGAACUAUAACAAUAUCAAGACUAAUAAAAAUAACAACAUUUUGGUUUCUAAGAAGAAUACCUCAGUGAGUCUACUAAUGUCUUCGAGUAACAACUUAAUUUGUUCGAAGACUAUGUCAAUGAAUAGCUCUUCUCAGGUAAAAUAAAUGUCAAAAGCAUUCCUGAUAAAACUCAAUAAAUCUUGGAUUAAAUUUAACCUAAAAUUGAAGAAAAGCCAUACGAAUAAGAAUGGAAAAAUGAGUCAAACGUUAUUGGAUUUAACUAGAGCGUGUUCUAAAAUAAUUUUUUCAAUACCAAUUAAUAGAAUUAAUUGAUAACUACAUUCUAAAAUAAUCAAGACAACAACUUUAUCGGCAACAACUUUUAGAUUCAAGUAUCUCAGUUUAACUUCCAAAAUGAUAAUUUCUUUUUAAGUGACUGUCCUCAACCUAAAUUUGAAAACCCCAGCUUCAUCUAUUAAGAAAAUCAAUUCUUGAACUUGCCUAUCUCACAAUAAUCAAAUUUAUAAAAUUAAUAAACUCAAUGCGAUUAGCAAAUACCUUAGUAUUAAUAAACUUAGCAAUAUUAAUAAUAAUAAGAAUAAGCAUAAAAUAUACACCAAUAUUAAUAGUAAGACUAACAUUAAAAUAAAAUCAUUGAAUAAAACACCUUCAAUGUCUACCCAAACCAACCUAAGUAGCCAAUUAAUAACGCCAUCUUCGAAACAAAGCUAGAAAACUCUGAUGAUGAAUAAGAAAGCGAAUAAAACAGUUAAGAAAAGCCAUCAACCACCCAAUAAAACAUACACAAAACAAGCUAAUCUAAGAAGUAUUUAUUUGACAACAACUCCAACAAACUUAAAAAUUUCUACAAAACUCUCUUGAAACCAUUGAUCGAAAACUUAAAAAAAGUAUACAAACAAUAAAACAGAGACGAUGUCGUUGAAUUUAUCAAAAUGGCAUUCCCAAUCAGCUGCAAUCAAAAGCAUUUCCUCCUUUUAUUCCCUCACUUGCAAGAAAUUAGCAAUAUGUAAAAAAAGACCACUGUCGUCUAAGAAUUUGAGUAAAAGCUCAAUUUCAAUCAAGAAUAAUUGUAAAUUUUAUCUGAAAUCAGAAAGCAAGCUGCAAGAUUGUUCAGCAACAAAUUUUACUACUUCACAAGAAUCUUCAAGAGCCACGCUGCCUCCAAAAAUAUCGAAGAAUUUUACUAUGGUUGUUUAUUCUACAGCGAAAGAUAAAACCAAGAAUAAUACACACCCGAAGGAAGUAUCUAUGUAAAACCUGAGAGAAAAUUAAACCCUGUUCAAUCAAAUUUAAGACAAAGACUCUACCAAAUACAAUCUAACAAGUUAUAAUAACAAUACAGCUAAAAGUAGAACAUCUAGUAAAUCUAACAAAGAGUUCUAUUUUAUUGA